AGUAGGGUUAUGUUAAAUUUAGUUCCCGAAUUCGUUGUCGACUAUCAGACGUUUAUUGUGAUCUCGAAACAUUUUCUGCUCCCAAGCUAAAAUCCAACCAUGGAAUCAAAUAUUUUCAAAUCACAAGUAUUUCACCUUUUUAUUAGUAAUCCAACAGUUGAGAACGCUAAAAUUUUAAAGCAUUUCAUAAAUGCGCAAACAUAUGCAAUUUGUUUCGCCGGUAAAGAAAACUUAGUGCUAACAGCGUUGUUCACAGUAAUCGGAGACAUGAAUGUUCGGAAUAAAGAUGACAUUAUAUGUAACCUUAUUGAUGCGGCCAACAAUUUAAUUUCAAAUUCCAAAUUGAAGACUGUAAUUUCAGUUCAUACAAUGCUUGUGAUUUUGUUAAAGCACAUUGGUUUGUGUCCUUCAUAUAUGCUAACGCAAACAAUGAAUACACCACCAGAGGAAUUGCAAUUAGCAACAAUCAACUGUUUUGAGAUUAUAUUUCUAAAAAUCACUUCAGAAGUUGUUGAAAAGAUCUAUAUUAAAGAAAAUUUGAACCUAUUAGCUCAAGUACUCUCGAUAAGUGAAAAUAUUUUAGCAAAUGGAGUAUGUGGGCCUUUAAGAAUUGCUGCCGUAAAGUGCAUUAUGAGUUUAUUUCAGGUGCACGAUGCAACUGAUGAAAGAAAUACCAAACAGCGUCAAUACAUAGCUGAUGUAGUGUUUGUUCUUAUUCCUAAAAUUGUCAGGACUCUUACUAAUAUUGCUGUAGGGAGUAACACUCUUAGUGAAACCCUUAAAAUGUACUCAAUUAUUGCUCUGGCGCGUAUUUUAUGUCUAAUAUUUGAAGAUGAAGUGGUAGAACCAAGCUCAAAUGAAAAUAUGAAAUAUCUAGUAGAAACAUCAUGGGUUGGAAAAUCUUCAAACCUCCAAAGUUCAAAUACUUUCGAAAACUCAGGUACGAAAAAUUCAUUUGGAAUAAAUAAUACAAUAUCGACUAUUCCACACGAAAUCAGUUAAGAAUUGGAUCGACCAUCUCAGAAUUUGGUGAAAAUUUGCAUUGCGUCUUGUUUUCGAAAAAAUGAAAAAACCAAAAUCUUGGGGCUAUCAGUGGCCCACAUUGUCGAGUAUGCCUAGUGUAAAAUUUUCGAACAAGUCGAAAAAUCUAAAAAAGUGGGUUUGCGCUAACUGAAAUCUAUCUGAGAAGUUGAGACAUUGCCAAAUCUAUAGUGCCGUUGAAAAGGGAAUCGAUGAGGCUACAAAAACCGCGAAGUCACCUACCCCAUUCGACCCCAUUGGGGCCUCCAAAAAUGGGUUCAAAGUAUAGAACGUGGAAUAUAUCAAAUGGGUGUAUCAUUUUUUGUCGAUUUUUUCGCGUCAACAGAUAGCCCAUGUCGCGUCGCUUCAGAUAAGCCUAGGGGGAAAGAUCAAUUUUUUUUCCUCUGAAUAAGCCUCAAUAUAACAAAUAAUGAUAAUUUGUAACGAUCCUAUGACCUUUUACAAAUAUUUAACCGAUAUUUAAUAUUUCGCCGACAUACCAAUAUUUCGUACUAAAAUUGGUAGAGAUAUUUAGGUGAAGCGCACUUAAGCUAUUGCUCAAGUAUCGCGUACUUAGGCCAUUGCUCGAGUACCGCGUACUUAAGUACUUAUUUAUCAGCAAACUUAUCAUGUCAUUUCUAGUGUCAUUUAUUUCUAGACCAGUACUACGGCAUGUAAUCAUGAACUAAACAUAAUUUCGUAAGAUAAUUCAUAUGUGAUUGUUCAUAGCUACGUUUAUAGAAAAUAGUAAUUACAAAUAAAUGUAGGUUCUGGUUUCUAUUAAUUUUUUCAUUUCAUGCAUAAUCAGUUUUCAAAGAUUCGUUUGAUAUAAGAAGCAGAUACAGGUAGAAGUAUAGCGUUCGAUACAGCGCUUUAACCAAAAGUACGUGGCACUUAAACGUGAAUUUAAACGAAUUCGCUGAUGUAUUGUUAUUUUUCAAAAAUAAGCGUUUAUCUGCAUAUUGGCAGAUAUCGGUGUACAUCGGUCUCUAUUGUUCUAUAUUUUUAUGUUGAGUUCACAUUAAAUGUACACGAUUGACACGAAUAUUCAAUUUAUUUGACCAAUUCACACCAAUAUACCAAUGUAUAACGAUGAAUAGCCAAUAACAUAGAUAAUAGCGUACGACCAAUUGAUCUUUCCCCCUAGAGAUAAGCAAUUAAAAUUCCGUGUAUUACCCUGACUAAGUUCGUGUAUUUGGCCUCGGCAGGAAAAUAACCCCAAAAGUUAUGAAAAACCUGAUCUUUUAGUGUUUGUACAAUCUAGGGUAUUUUUAUACAAUAGGUAGUAAUAUUGUCUUUUCUCGAUUGGUAUAAGAGUUUAUUCUGUAAAAGCUCUGACACCAAAUAACCUAACCGAUACAUGGAAAUACAUAGGUAGCCGAAAUAUAAAAGGUCCAAUAUAGCCUAACUUAAACGUGUAAAAAAUGAAAGACUAACUGAAGCGUUAACACUGUAGUGACCCUUGGCUGACGGCCCCGAUGACUGCAAAAGUCAUCAUUCAAUUUAUCCAGAGAAGAUACAUUGAAGAAAACAUUUACGUCUUAUCUAACAAGUCCCUGUUGGUAGUUAUGAAUUUGUAAUUUAGUAGAGACCGAAAGACAUGAGAAGAAAUUUACAAUAUCCGCAAAUGCAUUGGCAAAAAAGGUAGUUUCCAUUAUGAAGUAACAACCGGUCAAAAAUUAAUCACCAACUCAAAGGAUGGCUUUAUCACAGUCAAUGUUGCUAAUACCAUCAAAUUGUAUAAAACAAAAGAUCAGGUUUUUCAUGACUCGUGGAGUCAUUUUCCCGCAAAUCAAAUUAUUCAGCCAGUUUUUGGCGGUGUAAAUAAAUAAAUAAAUAUAUAAUUAUAUUGCGUUUCUAUAAAUAUUUGGGUAAAAACCACAAAUAAAUAUCAUUAUUCCUAUACAUUUUGUAGGGAUGUAAUUUAUUUAUUUAUUUAACACCGCCAAAAGACUGGCUGAAUAAUUAGUUUUGCAGGAAAAUGACUCCAAGAGUCAUGAAAAACCUGAUCUUUUGAUUUUUGAACAAUUAAGUGUAUAACAAUAGAUCAAUGGGUAACAGCAUUCUGUCAAUCGUAUGGAAAUACGACAACAAUUUGUCUGCAUCCAACAUAGUUAGUUUUGCGAUUAUAGUGGCGCUGCAAUGCUCAAGUAUGUAACUGUAUUCGAAGAAGAUCCACACAAAAGGGAAUGAAAAAUUUUCGUUAUGAUUUUUUUCUAUUGAAUUUUUUUGAAUUUAUUUUACAUUACAAAAACGACUACUGCGGCGCUGCGAACGUUAUGACAGGUAUAAAAGUCAAUUGUUAGCAGGCAUUGCAAUAGAUAGUUUAAUUUUACAUUAAUAUUGGUUCUCGACUGGCUAAAAGAAAACCUAGUUUAUGCGAAUGACCAAACAGGAAAAUGUCUAAUGAAAGCUGAUUGUCAACGGUUCAAGAUAAUCUAACAACGCGUUUGAGAAAAGAUAGAUUAACUGGAGCGUUAAACAUAUUAAUGUCGGUGUCAAUGAUUGCAAAAGUCAUCGUUCAAUUUAUCAAAGAGGUGAUAAAUUGAAGAGAAGUUUUACGUCUAAUCUAAAAAAGACCCUGUUGGUAGUUUCGAAUUUACAAUUCAUGACGAGACCGAAAGAUAUGACCAAUUUGAAUGAAUUAAGUAUGAACAUAACUCAAAUAACUAUUUUCCAUUAUAAAAAAAUAAAUAAUAGGUCAAAUACAAUCACCAACUCAAUGGAUGGCUAUAUCACAGUCAGUGUAGCUAAAUUUACGAUAAAUUGGUGUGAAAAUCACAGUUUUACAUCAUUAAUUCUAUACAUUUUGUAGGGAUGAAAGAAAACAACUUGUCAGUAUUUUAUAUUGAAAAUUUGGCUGUGUACGCUUCGUACCGAUGUGAUGAAUCCUGCACGGCUAGUUGAAUUUCUCAGUGGAUCAGCCAACUUAUUUGCAUAUUUGCACAUUUGUGGCACUUGAGCUCUGAUUUGUUUGUCCAUGAGCUUGUCUUUGAUUUUUAGGUAGACGGUGUGCCAUAACGUGCGUACGCGAUAUUCUCUUCGGGCGAACUGUGUGAACUUUCUCAAAACGCUCUCGAUUUUGUCGAUAUGUAUGGCAUAAGUUGGUAGUCAUACAACGUUACAGUGCUCUAGAUGAGACUGAACCAGUGCGUAAUACAAUGUUUUGAGCGUUUGAACAUCGGUUAUGUCGUAGCAAAAUCUGUUGAUGAAUCCAAGGGCCGCUGUCGCCUUCGAUGUUAUCGCGUCAAUGUGCUUGAUAAAGCUCAGCUUCUGGUCAAUGAUGAUGCCGAGAUCUUUGUGGUCCGAUACGCGCUUGAAGGUGCAAUCACCAUAUUUGUAAUUUGUAUCGAUAAUGUCCUUUUUCUUCGUGGUGAUUGUAAGGACGGCACAUUUGUCUAGAUUUAGGUGCAAAUUGUUUACGUCGCACCAAACCUUCAGCUUGUCGAUGGCUCGCUGUAGCACUGCAGCAUCCGAACUCGAGUGGAUGAUUUUGGCAACCUUCACAUCAUCAGAGAAUAAAAGGAAAUGAACACGUCGUCCAUUUCGUUCAGUAUGUCGUUGAUGAACAGCAGAAAUAGUAUGGGCCCGAGAAGACUUCCCUGUGGUACGCCAGAUGAAACGCUGAAUUCUUUCGAAUCGCUGUUUCUAUACUUAACAAAUUGCGUUCUGUUUGACAGGUAUGAUUCCACCCAAACAAGAAGAUUGUCUGGCAGAUUGAACGAUCUGAGUUUUAGAAUCAAUCUUUUGUGGUUUACUCUGUCAAACGCUUUAUUGAAAUCCGUGUAGAGAACGUCCGCUUGCUCACCAGAAUUUAUGCCUCUCUGGGCAUAGUAGGUAAAUUCGGUGAGAUUAGAUGCAGUGGAUCUGGAUUUCAUAAAGCCGUGUUGCUUUUUGGUGAUUUUGUCCUGUACCAGUGACAGAAGUUUGAAGUUCACCAAAUGCUCGAAGAACUUCGCCACAGUUUGGAGCUUAGCAACGAUAGUUUUCAAUUUUCGAUCUCGCCCUUUUUUGAAAAUGGGUGUUACACUCGAGCCCUUCCAUUUGUCGGGGAAAUGGCCAGUCCACAAUGGUUCGUUGAAAAUGUCGGUGAGUGGAGCCGCCAAAUGGCCGUGAACACCAAGAAAGGUACGGGUCCCGAUGGUAUGCAUCCAUUGAUACCAAAAUACUGUGCCAGUCAUUUGUUAUUAUUAUUAUUCUGCACCAUACAGCGUUUCUUCGCCAGAGGUGGUUUAUUUGAUAUAAAUAUUUGGUUGCAUAUUUACAAUAUGUAUUCUUAUUUUCUUUAGUUUCUCCAAGUUCUAAUUUUUCUGAAAUAAUCGGUUAUUCUCUGUUUGACAGUAUCUGUACUAACAUUAAAAUCAAUUAAAUAUGUAUCACAAAUUGGAAUAGUACUAGUAUCACAUUCAUUAGUUUGAUUAGGCGGUUUGAUAGGAACAAAAUACUUAUAAAAUUCAUUGUAUGUGGUUAACAUGAAAUUGAUCGGUUCAAACAUUGAAUAGUUGUAUAUCCUAGUCGGCAGUGACAGAAAUUCAGUGUUUCGUGUUCGAUGUCGUGGCGUUCUAAAGUUGAUUUUUUCCAUGAUAUACUUUGAUGAUAUUUGGCCACAAAUAACGUUGUGAAUGAAGCAAAUUUGUGCAAUUUUUCUCCGUUCCUCCAAAGUGAUCAUUUGUAGAAAUAGCAGACGAUUGUUGUAUUGUGGCAAAAUAAAUCUGUGUGGCCAUUCCAUUCUCCUCAGUGCGAACAGUAGAAAUUGCUUUUGGACUGAUUCGAUUCUAGCAAUUUUCCCAUUGGUGUGUGGGUUCCAUAUUUGCGAUCCAUAUUCAACGAUUGGCAAUACGAAUGUGAAGAAGAGUUUCUUUAUAGUGCAAGGGUCAUUGAAAUCUCUUCCAAAACGCUUUAUCCACGCAAGUCUAGUUUUGGCUCUAGCAGUUAUAUACUCGAUAUGUGCGCUAAAGUUCAUUUUUUCAUCCAAAAUUACUCCAAGGUCCUUUAUUAUUUUGACUCUGUCAAUCAACUUCCCUUCGAUAGUGUACUUGAAGUCAAAUUUCAGCUCACCACGGUGAUAUGAUACGUAAUUCGUUUUUUUUUUGACGUUCAAGUUCAUGCGAUUACGUUUGAAAUAAUCAACAACUCCAUUCAAGUCGGCCUGAAGUGCGAAGCAGUCAUCAUGUCGCUUUAUUUGCAUUGAAAAACGAGUGUCAUCGGCAAACGAUUGUAAGAUGGAGUUCAAUAGACAAUGUGGCAAAUCAAUGAUAAACAGGACAAACAGUGUCGCUCCGAUCGGAUAUCCUUGACCUGUUCCUGAUUUUACUUCAAUGCGAUUCGACAUGACUUCAUUCAAUUUAACUAUUUGUUGACGCUCACUCAGAUAUGAUUUUAUGGGAAAAUCCCCUUUGUACACGAUUUUGACAUUUUGUACAUGAAUCGGACAUUUUGUACACGAAUGUGACAUAUUAUACACUGAUGAAUAAAAUUGUCAUUUUUGUAUCUGAAUUGAUCGGUAAGAAUUAUUUUCACCACAAGAUGACUUCAGAAUUGACAAUCUAUAUACAUAAAACUGAAUGUCCGUCUGUCUGUCUGUCCUACUUUUUUUUAUUUUCACGAUUUUUUAAUUCUUAGUUUUGUUAAUGAAUAUGCCGUUAGAGUUCUCGCGGAUUAAAUAGUAGAUUCACAUAUCAGUUUUGAUUUUCGAAUUGAAUUUUCAGAAGUUUGUAGAAAAAAUGUUUUAAUUGUUUUUCGAUACAACGUACAUUAAUGUGGAUUGAUGGCAAUGAAAUAUUAUAUGCGUAUUAUUGUAAAAGAGAUUUAUUUCAUGUAAAAAUAAAUAAAAUGAAAAAAUUCAUAAUUCGCGUUAGGACAAACAA